AUGACAACCAAAUACAAAGUCAGGCAAAACGAUGAAGCUUCUGAUGAAGUAGCCACAUCAUCAUCUCCAAAUAUUCAAUCUAUUUCUAUUCAAUGGGCUGAUUCAGAUUCUACUCCAUCUAUCAGCAGUCAAUUAAUUGAUGAAAAAAGCAUAGUUAACUCAAAAGAUCCUUAUUAUGCUGUUUAUUUUAUAUUUCUGUUACAUGGAGUAGGAAUGCUCAUGUCAUGGAAUAUGUUCAUUACGAUUGCUCCACAGUAUUAUCGUGAUUAUUGGUUUUCAUUCAACUGCACAGGCAAGGAUCCUGUUAACUGUACAGAAACACAUUAUGCUACAAGUUUUAUGAGUGUCAUUGGUGUUACCUCUCAAGUACCUAAUGUUGGAAUUAUGUUUUUCAACGCUGCCUUGGCAUAUCUAGGAUCACUGAUGAUCCGGAUUGUCGUUCCGUUGUUUGUCAACUGUGCACUUGUUGGCGUCAUCAUCGUGUUUGUUAUUUUUUCGCAGCCUGGUCCUAAUGGAGAAAACAUGCAAUGGUUUUAUAUUGUAACAUUGGUGAUAAUUAUGCUAAUGAACUUAGCCAAUGGGAUAUAUCAAAGCUCUGUAUAUGGAAUCUGCGCUGAUUUUCCUGACAAUUAUAUAAAUGCUCUAAUUAUUGGAAAUAAUCUAUGCGGUAUUUUCACGAGCUUAAUGAGUAUUGCUACAACUUUGAUCUCUCCUGACGACAUUGAGCUGAACGCUCUUUUGUAUUUCGCCAUCUCACUGGGAAUUCUCGUUUGUUGUCUCAUAUCUCUCUACAUUCUUGUUAGAAUUCCUUUCUACAAAGAAUAUAUGAAGCUUGGAGAGGAGAACCGCAAAACAGAAGACGCUGAUAAUCUCUCUCUAGCUCAGUAUUGGGAUUGUUUGAAACAUUGUUGGGUUCAACUUUUCAACAAUUUCUUCGUUUAUUUCAUAUCUUUAACUGUUUUCCCAGCAAUGAUGACAGAUACACCUUUCUAUGUUCCACCUGGAACGAACAAGCAUUCGGUGUUUCCUGAUAACCUUUACUUUGCCAUCAAUACUUUUUUGAAUUUCAACGUUUUUGCAUUUGUUGGAUCAACUAUAGCUAAUUACAUUCAAUUCCCUUCACCGCGCUGGCUGUUUGUGCCGAAUCUGUUAAGAGUUGUGUUCAUUCCAUUCUUUAUGUAUUGCAAUUACUUACCUGACACCAGAAAACAUAAGGUUUUCUUUGAAAGCGAAUGGUGGUCCUUCUUUGGAUGUACAAUCAUGGCAUUAACAUGCGGAUACUUGAGUAGCUUAGCUCUCAUCUAUACUCCCAGUGUUGUACCUCCUAAGUAUCAGAAGAUAAGUGGAAUGAUGGCAUCAAUAGCCUUGAUGUUAGGAAUUCUGGCUGGUGUUUCGUUCACACCUGUUAUCAGUUCUAUAACGAGGAAUUGGUGA